CCCCUGCGUGCUGAGCCGGACCCGCAGACCUGAAUGGCACCGCUGGGCGCCCGGUGCCGGACCACUGCUGCGAGCAUCGGGGUCGUUCCUCACAUCUGGAGUUGUGUUACUUCACUGCGUAUCAUCCGUCAGAUCCUUCGAGGGCGGAUUGUCUUUUUUUGACCAGUUGGACAGCUUUUAUUUUCGUCCACUGUCGACUUGAAGUUCGGAGGACGGAACCAGAGCUGCGCUGUUUGGAGUCUCCCGCCCUGAGCUUCUUUUCUGUACACUGUGAGAUUGUUUUUUUCCGGUCUGCUAGCGCCUCCCCCGCGCGGACACCGGGACGGCCGCCGUGUGACUCGGUGCCGGAUGGAUGGGCGGACGCGUCGCGUUCUGACGGCGCGCAGGAAUAACACAGUGAACUGACAGGAGGAUCCGCGUCCCUCGCUCCUCGUUUGUUUGGCCCUUGGGAGUUCAACCAUUUUUCUCCCCUUCGCCGCCCGGCCCCGUCCCGCUCCCCUCCACCGUCUGUGGAAUUGUUACCUUUAGUGGUGCAACAUUUAUUCCUUAAAAGGUUGCGAUCGCCUGCUAUGCGUCUGGUGUGGAAAGUACCUGGUGGAAGGUGUGCAGCGGGAUUCCGCCUGGGACAACAGGACAUCCGCCACUGAACGCAGACGCGCUGUUUUAUCCUGUUCAAUCUCUCCGGUUUGUGCGUAAUGCACGUGGAAUGAAAGCAGAGGAUGGAUAUCUUUUGGGAAAUACUGAUCAUUCUUCAUGCCAAUGUUAUCGUCUGCAUAUCAGCCCAGCCAAAUCCGCCAUGGUGGGCAUACAAGGAGGUGGUCCAAGGCAGCUUCGUUCCAGUGCCGUCGUUCUGGGGCCUGGUGAACUCGGCCUGGAACCUGUGCUCGGUGGGGAAGAGGCAGUCCCCAGUUAACAUCGAGACCAGCCACAUGAUCUUUGACCCAUUCCUCCAACCAAUAAAGCUGAACACGGGCGGACGCAAGGUGGGAGGGACCAUGUACAACACGGGCCGCCACGUCUCCCUGCGAUUGGACAAGGAGCAUCUGGUGAACAUCUCCGGGGGACCAAUGACGUACAGCCACCGCCUGGAGGAGAUCCGGCUACACUUUGGCAGCGAGGACGGCCAAGGCUCCGAACACCUGCUGAACGGACAGGCCUUCUCCGGAGAGGUUCAACUGAUCCACUACAAUCAUGAGCUGUAUACAAAUUAUACAGAAGCAGCUAAAAGCCCCAAUGGAUUGGUCAUAGUGUCUAUAUUCAUGAAGAUUGCUGAAACCGCUAACUCAUUCCUGAAUCGAAUGCUGAACAGAGACACCAUCACAAGAAUAACAUACAAAAAUGACGCAUAUCUACUGACCAACCUGAACAUAGAGGAGAUUUACCCUGAGACUAUUAGUUUCAUCACGUAUGAGGGAUCCAUGACCAUCCCUCCAUGCUUUGAGACCGCCACGUGGAUCCUGAUGAACAAGCCGGUUUACCUCACACGCAUGCAGAUGCAUUCCUUGCGGCUGCUGAGCCAGAACCAGCCGUCUCAGAUCUUCCUGAGCAUGAGCGACAACGUUCGCCCCGUCCAGCCGCUGAAUAACCGCUGCAUCCGGACCAACAUCAACUUCAGCAUGCAGGGCAAAGACUGCCCCAACAACAGGGCUCAGAAGCUCCAAUACCGAGUGAACGAGUGGUUGCUAAAGUAGCCUCCCUUGGAUGAACAUGGAGACGGGACGAGGACGAGGGAGGGACACGUGAAACGGGGCUGAAGGCUGCAUCUCAUCCCAGAUUACUUCACGGCAUUGUAUAAAGACUAACACUGAACAUUGUACCACUUAAGGAAGUUUGUAUUGCGAGAGACUCUUCUUUUCAUACAUUGAGGACAGUUUGAAUCCCUUCAAUCUAGCUCACGCAAACAACUCCCCCCCCCCCCCCCCCCGGCCCCUUUCCCCACUGGACAAAAAAAUUUAUACAGAAAUUUUGAUACCCAAAACCUCUGGGGGGGAAAACCCAAAAAGGGAACUAAAUAAAAAAAAAAACAACAAGAACAAAAAAAUAGGGAAGCAUUUAUUUCGAUAGCCUCCCAAUCAAUAGGACAACGGUGGGACGUCAACGCCUUUGUACAUAAAAAUGUUGCUAACGGUGGGAAAAAUGGGAGGACUUAGAUCACUCCCCCCAUCCUCCUGGUGUAGACGAAGUGGGCGACGUGUGGUCCCACGCGGACGUUUCAUUACACACACGGCAUGCGAUCAGCAAGGUGGCGGAGAGGGAACACGGCCUUACUUCAGCUUGUCAUUUUUCCAGUCAUAUCACGGGAGACGAGCAAAUACCUGCAGGCUUUCUCGAGGCCUCGGAACAACCAGAGGUCUGGCCUCGUUUGUACAUAUUAUAAUUAUCAAUACUGCAGAAAAAUGAAUAUGUAAAGAAAAGUAACAAAUUAACAUUCAAAAUAAAUAUAUUAAGAGGAUUUAAAAAAAUAAAAUGACAAAAAAACAUGAACAAGUUGAGAACUUUAAAAAGCUUGGCAAACUUUGAAUUCCAGAGUGGUUCUCAGUCUAAGCUGAUGCCUUUUUUCUGUUUUAUUGUUUACAAUGGUCAUACACUGUGUUUGAGUAAUGUUAUCAGCCCAAUAAAUGUGUCUGGAAAGUUCACUUUGGCAAAACGCUUCGAUAUAUGAGGAUUGUACCUGUACCUGUUUUUUGUACUGUUCCAUAUUAAAUGUGUCGAUCUGUCA